AUGAAUGGGGAUUCUGGCUUGGUCGUCACUUUGGUGGAGCGUCUCACGACCCGGCUUCCCCAUCGAACUGGAUCCCCCUUACAUGACUUCAACCGCGAUGAGGUCGUCGUUCUCACUCGCGGCACACUGAUCGGCGUUAGCUGUUCUUGCAUUGGCACCGUCAUCGAGGCCCUCGUGCAGCUACUGGAGGAGCUUUCCAAACCCUUCAAGGGAAUACAGUCGCAUCCCAUCCACGUCCUCCUUUCCGAACUCUACAUACUCGACUUAGUAGCAGAAUGUUGCUCCGUCCAUUGGGCGAGUCUAAACAAGACGCACGCUCCGAUUGUGGAGGGCGAGGAGACAUCCGACUCUGAGGAUUCCGGUUCUGAAACCGAGAAGAAGAAUGCUAUACCGCCGGGCAACAAUUAUGUACCGAAAAGACGGGGAUCUCGAAACCAGUUUAUAUCUCGAAGUGUUCCGCCAGGGCCCUUGGCUGAUGACCUUGUCAGGAGGUUAGUAGACGCUGUUAAGCUGUUCUGGGGGCCGAUUCCCGACGGUUAUGUUCUCCCGGCGACCACUAUCCUCGAUGAUUUACCUCAGGGAGAAAUCGUUGGGGACUCGUAUCUCCCAGAGAGUACAUCGCUCAGCAAUGGCAUCCUUAGUGGGGCAGAUGUUUCCAAACUCCUUCUGGAAAAAUCCGACGCUAUAGACGGAUAUACACGGGGGAUCAUAGGGUACGUUUCUUGCUCAAAUUGGCCUCGUGCCCUUGAGCACCUCAAGAGUACUCUUCAGCAUGUCGCUCGGCAAAAUAACAGCAACCCUUCGCAAGCGGGCUUUUCGGUAGAUGAUGACAAGGUCGCCUUGGUUUCCCUUCGUCUGAUAGCUUUCUUCUGGGUAGACAGUCGCAAGCUUAGUAUUGUCAUUCAGGAGCUUUGUGGCAGCUUCUUGCACCUUCGCAAAAACUUCCAGACUACUGUUGCAAUAGUAUUGCCACUGCUAAUCACCAGGUGGCUGCAACGAUAUCCAAAAGAGUUCAUGGAGCUUCAUUCCACCAACAAAAGACUCGACGGUGGCGCAGAAAUGCUAUUUGAUAUGUCCAACACCAUGUUUGAGGGUGGCAAAAAGAAGGCGCUCUUGUUCCCCUUCCAAACGUCACUGCUUCUGCUUCUGCCUGAUGUUUUCGAGUACGCUAGUAACAUGAGGGACGUCAAAAGCAGCAGCAGCAUAGCGAAGAAAGUAUCUUUCUUGGAAAUGCUCAGGAAAGCCUUGCGGAGCAGGAACGAGACCGCUAUCUUCUGCCUGACCUCUGUUUUGAGGGUAGCGAGGCAUUUUCCUCUCGACAGCGAUGCUGCGAUUGUGAGUUACGCUCUGGAUGUGCAAGAAGAAGUGAGAGAGGCAGUCUUUAGGCGCCAAAACCCCGGCAUGGAUGUUGCGAAUAUUGACAACGCUCUCAUGACUGCCGCAUUUGUUAGUCUUACACAUUUGAACUUCGACUCGUGUGUGGAACAUCUCACCCCACUUUGUCUUUCCCCCAAUGCACCACAGGAUUUCAAGAUUGCCGUCAUGUCGGCGUGUACCCAUUUCGCCAGACAGUCCACUACUGACGCAUAUCAACUAUUGUUCAUAAAAAUAGCUGAAUUCAUUCGGGCACAGCUGAUAUCAUCAGCGCCGACAAAGCGUACUUCUCACCCGGAUGGACAACAAAUCGGCCUCAAGCCGCUUGACGUGUCCAACUCUACCGAUCUGAUUCAAAGUAUCUUUAUGUUCCUAGAUGCAUCGCCACUCACACUUUUCAUUGACUCUCCCGAGUUUGGUCCUAAUUGGGUUAAUUACUUUGAUGCUACUGUUGCAUCUCUCACAGUAUAUGUAGCCGCCGAUGAUGAGCGCCUCAGGUCUAUGGCGAAUGCAGUUUGUAAGAGGCUACUCUCGGACGGAACCAUCGAUUUCCGGCCUAAGUCAAAGAAACCGGGAUUAAAGUCACUCAAGAUCAAUUUCUGGAAAGCAACAUCUGCAAUCCUCACGGCAGCAGCUGGGAAGCUCAUCAACAUGGGUACCGACGAGAAGGGCACCCUCCGAUUCAUUCAUGACUACCUGGAAGCCCGAUUGGACUUUUUGAGGAUCCUGGAAGAUCCGACAGAAGUUGCCGAAGAUACGUUAGAAACAACAAUUGUUUGCAGCAAAAUCGAGACUGCUUUCUUGAUUACCCUGUGCUCCACAGACAUCUCAGUGUGCCAGCUGGUGACCAAGUGUAUAUCCAUGUCCUGCCACGAGGCCCGUUUGGUGGAUUUUCCGGCCGGGGGUAACAAGUCGAUGACUCCAAAUGCCCGAAACAUGGAGAUCUAUAAAGAAAUCUCUUCCAGAGAAUUUCGAUUUACCGGCCUGGUAGCUUUCCAAAAACGUAUUCGUGGGCAACUACGCAAAAUCAAGUACCCGACUCUUGGUAUAUUGACCGCCUGGGAAACAGUCUUCGAAUACUGGUUCGGAAUCUCGAAUCAUAUAUUUUUCAGGCCUUCCGAAAUGCUGGAAGAGAGGUCGCUUGUGGAGUGGCGCAAUUACUCCGGGCUUCUCGCUUCGCUAGGAGGUGCCUGCAUUUCGGAUCUGGCUAUGGGUCUCGCAGCUGAGGAUACAGGUUUAGCUGGCCUGAGAUGGAUCGAUAAGGUAUCUCCUGAAUCGAAUGACGAUACGCUGUUGAGCAAGUUCAUGAAGCAGAGCAUCCGGUUACUAGCAAGUAACAAUGUCAGAAUACGAGAGGCAACCAGAGAAACGCUAUCAACAGAACUCGCACCCUCGUUAUACUUUCCGCUCUUUGAGGCUCUCGAAGCGGAACUUGUGGUGCUGUUCGAUAGCGCGCGGACGAACACCUCACUAUCCCUCGAAUCUCGUGUCAUUUUUGCCGAACAGGCGGCUGCUCUGUUGCGAACCAUUGUAGAGCGGUUAGGUGGCCCAGCCGAAGUCGGCGCGGCGCUGUCUAUUGACAUCGGUGCGUUGACACUCAAUUUUGCUAAAUUCCUGGACGAUUUGGCGGAAGGAGCAAACACAAUGCGGGUCAAGAUCAAGAUCUGUCAGCUUUGCGAAGCGGUCACACAGAAGAAAGAGUUUCUGAACCUCCGAAACGAUGUCCGUAUCAGGAAUCAGCUGUUGGAGGUCAUCUUUAGCUGGAUCGCUCGACCAGGUACUCCAAUAGACGCUGUGGUCUCUUCUGGUGCCCGGGUUGAUGAGGUCUUUCGCCUGCAAAGGGAUUUGGACCGAGCUUGUUUGAAAGCCCUGGCAGAUCUCACCUACCGGCUACCUCUUCAGCCAGCAGAGGGGCAGACCGACGCAGAUACGAGUGACCUCAAGUCCCAGAUGUUUCACACUUACUUCAACCGUUUCCUCUCCUUGCUCAAUGUUGAGACGGUGGCAAAUGGGAGGAACGAAAUCCGACUUGCACCGGCCGUUAAUGAAGAUAUGACGGCUUCUGAGCUUGCUAUCACUGCACUGUCCAAUCUCCUCAGUGCUAACAUUGAUGUUGGGCUCAAGCAUUCGCUUGGUAUUGGCUACCACGAGGAUUUGGAUAUCCGCACUGCUUUUGUAAAAGUACUGUGCAACAUCUUGAUACAAGGUGCGGAGCUCAAUAACCUUUCAGAUACGGCUGUCAAUGAGAAGUAUGAUGAGCUUCUAGUGCUGCUCAUCAACGAUAUGGCAUUGACGAUCGCCCUAUGCGAUGCAUGUCCAAGUAUGGAAGUUGAUGAAAUGACAAUCUCUCUCCUUAAUAUAUUCGACUCUAGAGGUCUCGGAUUUGUAUUGCUAGAAGCUCUGAUAGAGCAUGAAGUCGAAGAAACUGAGAACGAAGCGGAGUUAUUACGUAGGAACUGCGUGGCAACAAAAAUGCUUUCAGUAUACGCAAAGUGGAAGGGGGCAGCAUAUCUGAAAGCCACCCUCCAACGAGUGUUAGAGCGCCUGGUCCUAACCUCAGGCGAAAUAGAUCUGGAGCUAGAUCCGGCCCGUACUUCUUCUGCCGACGAACUCCAAAAGAACGCUCUUCAACUGAGAAUUGUCGCAAAAGUAUUUAUUGACGAUAUCUGCAAUUCCGCCUCACACAUUCCUGUUUCUUUUAGGAAAAUAUGCAGUAUUAUAUCGACAGCUGUGAUGAAGAGGUUUCCAGAAGCCAAGUUCACUGCUGUUGGAGCAUUCAUAUUCCUGCGAUUCUUCUGCCCAGCUAUUGUGGCUCCCGAUGUCGAAGGUCUGAUAACAACCACUCCUUCAAAGGAAUUGAGGCGUGGGCUUCUACUUAUUGCGAAGGUUGUACAAAAUUUAGCGAAUAACGUACUUUUCGGUGCCAAGGAGCCGUACAUGUUCCCGCUCAACGAUUUUCUGACACAGCACAUCUACCCAGUGACGACUUUCUUACGAGAAAUUUCUGUGUCCCCGGAUAUUCUUGAGCCUGACAUUGAGACGGAAUCUUUUGAUUUUGGUUCUUGUGUUGCCUUACACAGGUUUCUCUACGACCACUGGGAUCACGUCCGACAGAAGAUCGUGGUCAGGGAGCGCAAGGGUAAUUUACGCUCGCCCAUCGAAGUCAGCAAGGGUCAAAUUCCAAUACUGGAGGCUUUGCGCAAGCUCAUUACCAAUCUGGGUCCUCCACCCAUGGACGUCUCCUGGAAUAGGCCUGCCAUAUCGUCGAACAGUCCCCCUUCAUACUCACGUUUCCAGCACUUUAUGCUUAGGAACGCCAGCCGGAAUACCGAAUCUCUCGUCUCGACUAGGGCAGUCUAUGAUGGUGGAGAGAGCAAAGAUGGUCUGCCAAUGAUCUGCAUUAUUCUUCGCAACGUUGAUACCGAGACGACAGAUUAUGAGUUGCUCUUAUUUGGCUACCUCAAAAUCGCAAGUCGCAUGUGGCAUCGGCCGUUCGGAAUCCUGAUGGACGCGACUUGCUAUAAUGGCCAAAACGAGCCCCAGGAUGCACUCUUCCGCAAACUGGACCUUCUCACUCCAUCGGAACUUUCCAAGCAGUUGUCGAGGGUAUAUGUUUACAACAUGAACAGUGCUUUCAGGAAAUGCUUCCGGCGAAUUCUGCGAUUGGCCGCAAAGAGCGAAAACAGUGCUUUCCACCCAAAGAAUGUGGACUAUCAUCUCAUCGGUAGUCUCCAAGACCUUCAGGCUCAUUUUCAUCUGAGCCAGUUACACUUGCCCAAGGAGACUAUCAGUGUUGUCACUGAUACAAGAUACGUGUUCCAGCCCGUAGUCAGGCUUUCUAAGACGAAGGGCAAGAUCGAGGUUGUGAUCAAAGUCGGCAGCCAGUUUGUGCAAGUAACCACAAGCAAGAAACAAGAAGUCGUGCCUGGGCUAAGGCUGCAUGCAACUGUCAACGAUAUAUUCCGCCUCUCCGAGGUAGACGAAGCGCCUACUUCGAUACAAACAGAAGAUGACUCGGCCUUUGGACUCCGCACUGAGAACGGCAGGAUUGUCAUGUACUUCACCAGUCCUAGAAAGCCAGAUGUUCUUCAGGCGAUCAGAGGCGCCAAAGCCAAGUACGGUAAGGAGCUGAGGACUUUGAAGUCUUUUGAAAGACUUGUUCGACCACAAGAUGUCCCAGGCACGCUCCUAAACAUUGCCCUGUCGAAUAUGGCGAGUUCGGAUCAGGUUCUUCGGUUGGCUUCGUACAAUCUUCUGUGUGCGCUCUGCCGCGCCUUCAAAUUUGCGGCGGAUUCCAAGUUCAUGACUACAACAGAACUCUCUGUGCCACUGAAUCCUUCUCAGUUCAUCAUCGAAAUCAGCCAGCAACUAGCCAAGUCGGAGCCACAGCUCACAGCAGACUUUCUCAAUGAGUUCUUCGUGGGCUGGGAGAGCUUCCCUUACGCUCAGCGACCAAUGAGUAUAGCGUAUAUGGCACCCUGGAUUCCAGGCUUGAGGGCAGGCUUGAUACCUAACGACGCGGAUAGCGAAAAGGCGAGAGAGAAGGUUGCGGUCAUCUUCCGGAGACUUAUCGACGUCGCAAUUUCGGACAUCGCUCUGGGCACAACUCUAGAGCAGAACAUAUACCCAUCAAUUACCGACGAUGAGUUGUAUACAGAAAUAUUCUUGGAUGAGCUUAUUAAGGCUGCUUUGAGCUUCGGCUUGAACGAUGAACGGACAGAGAUCUUGGGCUCUGUGAUUGCUUCCCUCAGGACAGUAACAGUCCGCGGGAAACUGCUUGCGCGGCUUCGAAAGGCAUUAAAUAGGACUUCACUGCGCCCUACGAGACACCUGCCCGAGAACACGGUCUGGGGCGAAAUAUGUGUACUCGUCCGACUGUCCGUCUCAACGUCAUUCGAUAGCGGAAUACAGUCUCAGCUUUUCCUUCCAGAGCUCUUCCAUCUAGUCACAAUGCUUGCCAACACUGGAGCUAUAGAUAUACGAAUCAUGAUCCACCGGUUGCUGGUUAAUACUAUUCAUGCUAUCUGCACCUCAUUCGGGUUAGAAGAGAGCAAGCUUGCCAGAUUGAAGGUACUACUCCUUUCGGUCUCGGAACCAGGACCAGAUUCGAUGUUCAAUAUUCCUGUUCGGGAUGGCAUAUCCAGUUCCUCUUCGCAAGACUCGGGGAUUCCGUCUUUGAUUGCAACCGAAUCUCUUGCUGUUAUGCUGGCCGAAGUCAGUACGCUUGCUGCAUUGACUGUUGACAUGUCAAAUGCUUGGCGGUCAAGGUGGAUGAGCUUGGUUGCCAGCACCGCCUUCCAAAGCAAUCCUGCCAUUCAACCUCGUGCCUUCACCGUCAUGGGUGUCCUAGCACGGGAGGACGUCGACGAUGACCUUCUGUAUCAAGUCCUAGUCGCUCUAAGGAGUAGCAUUGGCCGAUUUAUGGAAGAGCACGACAGUGAGAUGCUAAUCGCCAUCGUCACAUCGCUAACUAAGAUGAUGGAUAAGCUGCCCUCAGCUUCACGUUAUGGGAUGCAAAUGUUCUGGCUUGCGUUGUCUCUCGUCCGGCUCGUACCUCUCCCGCUAUUCAACUGCACAGCGUUGUUCCUAGAUGCUGUGCUGCAUAAUAUUGCUACUUCGGGCGAGUUCAAGGGUGGCCGGAUGGUACCUACUCUACUGCUAGGCAGGGCUCCGCUCGAAGAUGCUGCGAUACAACUUGAUGAGAUCUAUGGGAUUCAUUUCAACAUGGAGAACUUCCACUUUGCGCUCUGUGCUUCCCUCGUCAAAGGGUUCAGGGACUCGGUCACGAAGGCGACAGCAACUCGAGUUAUAUCGACUUUCCUGGAAAUCACUACUUCGAGCGCCGGCAAGGAUGCAUUGUUUCCCAAAGAUCUGAGCGCGUUUCCUUAUUUAGGGCUUCUUAUUUCCCGUGCCAUAUCGGCAGAAGAAGCCAGAGACAAUCUCUGGCUAGCAGGUUGGAUCGCCUCUGACGAUGACGUGACUACUGAGGGCCUGCUGGAUAUGAUUGACCUGAAGAUGAUCAAGGAUAAGGAACUUUUGCUUAACGCCGCUAUUAGCAUCGUCGACUUCAACUAUCUGGAGGAUACUGUCCAGAACCGAGGAUUGCUCUGGCUCAAUAGGAUUGCCAUGAAGCGGCCGACUGUGAUAUUGCAUCUUUGCGGACCAGUUGUUCGCGUCCUGGACAAUAUUCUCAUUUCUUGCCAGAACGCCGUAACGCUUGAAUCCGCCCAUUUACUAAUGCGAACCAUCACCUCCAACCCAAAGUUCGCAGCUGGAGUUGAUACAGCCGAGAUGCUGGAGGAUGUGCUGGACGGGAUUGGAUUCGGGGGCUUGUGGCGCUCGUCGACGUUCCAUACUGCUAGCGAUCAUGAGCGGCAGUGUACAGCUUUGACGGAUCGACUCAUUGAGCUUAUCAUUGCUUGA